GGGUCGUUACCGCUUGCGGAUUCUGCGGUGCGGCCAUGGCGGACUCCACACAGAAUGGGCCUAUGCAAGGCGGGGCUGGCGGCGGAGCCGUCCAAUUUCUGAUGGCUAACAAGUUGGAUACUGCAAUGUGGAUUUCCCGCUUGUUCACAGUUUACUGCUCAGCUUUAUUUGUCCUGCCUCUUCUAGGGUUGCAUGAAGCAGCGAGCUUUUAUCAGCGUGCCUUGCUGGCAAAUGCUCUAACUAGCGCCCUCCGACUACACCAAAGGCUACCACACUUUCAGCUUAGCAGGGCGUUCCUGGCUCAGGCUUUGCUGGAGGACAGCUGCCACUACCUGUUGUACUCUCUUAUCUUUGUGAAUUCAUACCCAGUUACAAUGAGUAUCUUUCCAGUUCUGCUGUUCUCUUUGCUUCAUGCUGCCACAUACACAAAGAAGGUUCUUGAUGCACGAAGUUCAAACAGUCUGCCCUUUCUGAGAAAUCUUUUGGAGAAACUGAAUGCUAAUCAACAGAAUAUUCUAAAAUUCAUUGCUUGCAAUGAAAUCUUCCUGAUGCCAGCUACAGUUUUUAUGCUCUUCAGUGGCCAAGGGAGUCUGCUGCAGCCAUUCAUUUACUACAGGUUUCUCACAUUACGCUACUCCUCUCGGCGAAAUCCAUACUGUCGGACUCUCUUCACUGAGCUGAGAAUUGUUGUUGAACACUUAAUAAUGAAGCCCUCAUGCCCUGUUUUUGUAAGACGACUAUGCCUCAGCAGCAUUUCCUUUAUAAGCAGAUUGGCACCAACUGUUGCAUAGCCAAAUUUCAGGCACUUGUGUUUUGUGAACAUUAUGAGCAGCUGGCACUUCUGCUGAUGACUAAGAAUUCCUGGUUUUACACUGAUCUCACUUCAGGCUGUAUAAAAAUGUGUAUAUGCUUUUCUUGGAGAUAUUAUGAAAUUUAGCAUAUCAAAAGCAAGUCAUGGAAACUUAAAAUUACUGUGCUGCAUUGCUAAUUGGUGGGGGGAAAAAAAGUAACUGCAUCUGAUCCAAAACCUACCCAGUCAUACAGUUUUGGUUUCUUUAGGAAUCAAGGAUUGUUUGAGCUUGAUUAAAACUUUUGAGAAGUCUGUGCUCAGUAGGUUUAUGUUAGUUGGAACUACAGCUACUGUAGGAUGUCUGCAGUUGACAGCAGUUGGUACACAUACCUAUGCAGUACAC